UCCUCCUCACUUUCAAAUUCCUUCACUUUACUCUCUUCCGUUUCUCUCUCAUAAGCUCUUCAAACUCCAAAAAAUUUCUCACCAAAACACACCCUUAAAACAUCUCACCACAACUUUCUCCAGACUCCGGUAACUUCAAACCCUAAAACACUUUCCCCCAAUUUCUAGGGUUUUCACUUCCGAAUUUCAAAUUCACAAUGCACAUCAAAGAGAUCUGCUUAGAAGGAUUCAAAUCCUACGCUACAAGAACCGUAAUCCCCGGUUUUGACCCGUUUUUCAAUGCAAUUACAGGUUUAAACGGGUCAGGAAAAUCCAACAUUUUGGACUCCAUUUGCUUUGUUCUGGGUAUUACGAACUUGCAGCAAGUUCGAGCUUCAAAUCUUCAGGAAUUGGUAUACAAACAAGGCCAGGCAGGGAUUACUAAGGCUACCGUUUCGAUUAUUUUCGAUAAUUCUGAUCGGAGUCGGAGCCCGCUUGGGUAUGAGGAUUGUCCUGAGAUUACUGUCACUCGUCAGAUUGUAGUUGGCGGAAGGAAUAAGUAUCUGAUUAAUGGGCACCUUGCCCAACCUAGCAGGGUACAAAAUCUCUUCCAUUCAGUCCAGCUCAAUGUAAAUAAUCCACAUUUUCUUAUAAUGCAAGGGCGUAUCACAAAAGUUCUGAACAUGAAGCCACCUGAAAUAUUGUCUAUGCUUGAAGAGGCUGCUGGAACCAGGAUGUACGAGAACAAGAAAGAUUCUGCUUUAAAAACACUUGAAAAAAAGCAGAGCAAAGUUGAUGAGAUUGAUAAGCUUCUUGACCAGGAAAUCUUACCUGCUUUGGAAAAAUUGAGGAAGGAAAGAAUGCAGUACAUGCAAUGGGCUAAUGGGAAUGCAGAGUUAGAUAGGCUUAAAAGGUUCUGCAUUGCUUAUGAGUAUGUUCAAGCAGAGAGGAUUAAAGAUGGUGCAGCUCAUGAGGUGGAACAAGUUAAAGCUAAAAUUGUUGAGGUUGACUCUGAUGCAUCUAGGAUGAAGUAUGAGCUUCAAGUAAUGGAUGACAAAGUAUCUGAGUUGACUGCUGAGAAAGAAGCAAGUAUGGGGGGAGAAAUUAGAACUUUGCAACAGAAAGUAGACUCUUUGGCGAACGAUCUUGUGAGGGAGACAUCUGUGCUGAAAAACAAAGAGGAUACUCUCAAAGGUGAAAAUAAGAAUGCUGAUAAGGUUGCAAGAAAUAUCGAAGAACUGAAACAGUCUGUGGAAGAGAGGGCUGCUGCUGUCAAAAAAGCUGAAGAUGGUGCAGCUGAUCUUAAACAAAGAGCUCAGGCACUCUCUAAAGAUUUGGAUGACUCUGAAAAAGAAUACCAGGGUGUGUUGGCUGGAAAGAGCAGUCAAGAUGAAGAGAAAUGCUUGGAGGAUCAGUUAGCUGAUGCUAAAGUGGCAGUAGGAAACACAGAAAUAGAGGUAAAGCAGCUGAAAACACAAAUAACCCAUGGUGAGAAAGAGUUGAAAGAGAAAACUGCUCAGUUGAAAUCAAAGUGCAAUGAGGCUACUGCUGCAGAAAAUGAACUAAAUACUAGGAAAAAAGAAGUCGAAGUUGUUAGGAAGGCACUGGAAUCCCUCCCUUUUAAGGAAGACCAGAACUGCCGUAUGGAAGCUCUACAGCAGGAGCGUGCAGCUGAAUUGGAGGAAGUGCAGAAACUGAAAGAUAAAAUAAGAGGUCUUUCUGCACAGUUGUCAAAUGUUGAAUUCACCUACCGUGAUCCUGCAAGGAAUUUUGAGAGGUCAAAGGUCAAAGGUGUUGUUGCAAAGCUCAUUAAAAUAAAAGAUGGAUCAACGAUGACUGCUCUGGAGGUUGUGGCUGGUGGAAGAUUGUUUAAUGUUGUAGUUGACACAGAAACUACUGGCAAACAACUCCUGCAAAAUGGUGAUCUUCGAAGAAGAGUCACUAUUAUACCUCUGAACAAAAUUCAACCUCAUGUGGUUACUCCUAAUAAACAGCGAGCUGCUGCUGAUUUGGUAGGGAAGGAGAAUGCAAACCUGGCACUUUCUUUGGUGGAAUAUGAUCAGGAAUUGAAGAGGGCCAUGGAAUAUGUGUUUGGAUCCACCUUUGUGUGCAAGACCAGGGAAGCAGCUGUCAAGAUUGCCUUCAAUAAAGAAGGAAACAUUGAUAUCAGAGAGCCAUGCGUCACUCUUGAAGGAGACGUAUUUCAGCCCAGUGGUCUCCUGACUGGUGGUAGUCGUAGGGGCGGUGGUGAAUUGCUAGGACGUCUCUAUGCUUUGGCUGAGGCUGAAACGGAUCUUUCUACUCAUCAGAAGAGAUUAACUGAAAUAGAAGCAGAGAUUGCGCAGCUCCUUCCCCUUCAGAAGAAGUUUACUGAUCUUAACAACCAACUGAAACUGAAAGAAUAUGAACUUGAAUUAUUCAAAGGUCGUGCUGAACAAAAUGAACAUCACAAGCUUGGAGAACUGUUGAAGAAGAUUGAGCAGGAUCUGUCAGAUGCAAAGACAACUUUGAAGGAGAAGCAAGAAGCUUAUAAAAAUUGUGUUAAGAAGGUGUCUACUCUUGAGAGUUCAAUUAAAGAUUAUGAUCAAAGUAGGGUUGUCAGGCUUAAAGAUUUGGAGAAAAGGAUCAAGACACUAAAGAGUCAAAUGCAAUCAGCAUCUAAAGAUCUCAAGGGGCAUGAAAAUGAAAGAGAAAAGCUAAUGAUGGAAAUGGAAGCUGUAGCUGAAGAGCGUGCUUCCCUGGAGAGCCAACUUGACUCUCUGCAGACUCAAAACCAAAGUCUGGUCUCCGAAAUCAAUGAACAGAAACUCAAGGUUGCUUCCAUAAAGGAACAUCAUGAUCAGGCUCUAUCAGAUCUUAAUGCAGCUCGUUCAAAGUUGAAGGAAUGUGACUCACAAAUAAGCUGCAUUUUAAAGGAGCAGCAGAAGCUCCAAAAUAAAAUAAGUGAAGCAAGCCUUGAAAGGAAGAAGAUGGAAAAUGAGGUGAGAAGGAUGGAGGAGGAACAGAAAGAUUGUUCUUUAAAGGUUGACAGAUUAGUUGAGAAGCAUUCUUGGAUAGCUUCUGAGAAGCAGCUUUUUGGAAGAAGUGGAAGUGACUAUGAUUUCACAUCUCGUGAUCCUAUCAGAGCGAGGGAAGAACUAGAGAGACUGCAGGGAGAACAAUCAAGUCUAGAGAAAAGGGUUAACAAAAAGGUCAUGGCAAUGUUUGAGAAAGCAGAAGAUGAGUAUAACGAUUUGAUAUCCAAAAAGAACAUCAUUGAGAAUGAUAAGGCCAAGAUCAAGAAGGUCAUUGAAGAGCUCGACGAGAAGAAGAAGGAGACCUUGAAAGUCACUUGGGUAAAAGUGAACAAUGACUUUGGGUCCAUCUUUUCCACAUUAUUGCCUGGAACUACAGCAAAGUUGGAUCCCCCUGAAGGUUGCAGUUUCUUAGAUGGCCUUGAGGUUCGCGUUGCAUUUGGAGGAGUUUGGAAACAAUCAUUGUCUGAACUGAGUGGCGGUCAACGAUCUCUGCUUGCAUUAUCUCUGAUAUUGGCAUUGCUUCUGUUUAAACCUGCUCCUCUUUACAUACUUGAUGAGGUGGACGCAGCCCUUGAUCUGAGUCACACACAAAAUAUUGGAAGGAUGAUUAAAACACACUUCCCUCAGUCACAGUUCAUAGUGGUUUCCCUUAAAGAAGGAAUGUUCAACAAUGCAAAUGUAAUAUUUCGCACCAAGUUUGUUGAUGGUGUCUCCACUGUUCAGAGAACUGUCACAGCUAAGCAGAAGUGAUUCUUCAAUGUCCGUAGUAGGAGGCCUGUUUUACAGAUUAUACACUCAAUAUUCAAAAAAAAUGGUUGCUUACCAUUUGGAUCAAUCUCCCAGCUUUACAGCAUUGCGUUGCUUCAUGUAGUGUUUAGUUAUUUUGUUUGUUUUUACUGUAUGUAUAUUGUAAAUAGCUAGUGUUAGCUUUAGCCUUAUUAUUAGUGCAGUAACUGAAGAACUGGGAUUUGUAUUUUAAUAUUAGCUGUGUACGAUUUUUUUCUAUGUCAAAACCAUAUCAAUCUGUAAAAUUGAAGAAUAUCAUGAAGUCUGAAGACAAAGAAGUUUAGUUUA